AUGCCCUCGCGAGCUUCACACCUUAAAUCUCGCCGCGGCUGCCAGCAAUGCAAGAAACGGCGAAUCAAAUGCGACGAGACACACCCUAUCUGUCUUGGCUGCACCAAACACGGUAUCUCCUGCUCCUUUAACACACCGCCGCCGCAAAAUCCCAACUCCCAAAUAGCAGAUCCGGUAUCAUCAUCCCAACUACUAGACCUGAAACUUUUCCAUCAAUUCACAUCGGAAACAUACAUGUCCAUCACCGACAACCUCAAUAUCCAUAAACUCUAUAGGACAAAAAUAAUCGACACAGCAUUCCAAUAUGAUUAUCUGCUCCACGCUGUCUUGGCCGUCGCGGCCUUCCACCUCUUCAGAACGGGGCUCAAAUCCUGGAAUCUCGAGAGUCGCUCACAAAACCAACAAUUCGAGUCUUCUCUCAAUCUUCAAGUAGAAAUGUAGCUCGCCGCAGGACAUAGACACCAUAACCGAGCCCUCCAAUCCCUACAUCUGAACCUCACAAGUAUCACCCAGGAAAACUGCCAUGCUAUCUUCGUCACUUCAGCAUUGGUCUUCCUCGCCUUCUCCGCAAUCUCCAACGACCACGAGAUCAGUGUCCCACGCAAAAUCAACCAAUCAUCCAUUUCAACGACAAGUCAAAGCUCUACAGCCCCAUCAAUAACACCAACCUCAUCCUCCACUUCCUCGCCCUCACCCCACUGCCCAUCAUC